AUGACCACGGCUCAUGGUCCCAAGAAGCAUCUGAAGCGUGUAGCAGCUCCAAAGUAUUGGAUGCUGGAUAAACUGACUGGUGUGUUAGCUCCUCGGCCAUCCACCGGUCCCCACAAGCUGACAGAAUGUCUCCCUCCCAUCAAUUUCCUAAGGAACAGACUGAAGUAUGCCCUCACAGGAGAUGAAGUCAAGAAGAUCUGCAUGCAACGCUUCAUUAAGAUCGAUAGCAAGGUCGGAACCGAUGUCACCUACUCUGCUGGGUUUAUGGAUGUCAUCAGCACUGACAAGACCGAAGAGAAUUUCCAUCUGAUCUAUGACACCAAGGGUCACUUUGCUCUUCAUUGUAUUACACCCAAGGAGGCCAAGUACAAGCUGUGCAAAGUGAGGACAAUCUUUGUGGGCACAAAGGGAAUCCCUCAUCUGGUGACCCACGAUGCGUGCACCAUCCUCUACCUCGAUCCCCUCAUCAAGGUGAACGACACCAUUCAGAUUGAUCUGGAUUCUGGCAAAAUCGCCGAUUUCAUCAGGUUUGACACCGGUAAUCUGUGCAUGGUGACCGGAGGUGCUAACCUGGGAAGAAUUGGCGUGAUCACCAAUAGAGAGAAACACCCUGGUUCUUUUGAUGUGAUUCUGAAAGAUGGUAAUGGCAACAGCUUUGCCACCCGGCUCUCCAACAUUUUUGUUAUCGGCAAAGGCAACAAACCCCAUGGCAAGGGUAUCUGCCUCACCAUUGCUGAAGAGAGAGAAAAGAGACUGGCAGCCAAACAGCUGGUGAAAUGA